GUUCGCGCCACGUCACCUCCACGUUUCAAGUUACUGACGUAAUCAAAACGAGACCAGAAGAGUUUUGACAAUUUUUCAUAAGGAGUAACAUGUCAAAAUCUCUUCAUGGCUAUUCAUCGAUACAGAAAACACGACUCGCAUAUGAAGGAAUAUGAUCUUGCUACAGAGAACUAGGUAGUGGAGAGAACUGUUGAGACUGCUGCAUUGGGAAAAUAAUUUCACAUCAUGUACCUCUGGCUGCCAUUAUGAGGUUCCCAAAGCUAGCUUUCUUCUUUAUGUUUGUGGGAUGCCUGGUGGUCUACCUCACCUACGUCAAACGUCAUUAUUAUGACUCCAAGCCACUGGUAUCUGACCAGCUGCCCCAAUAUAGGAUGGAUACCCAAAAACAUCCGACCUCAGCUCAUGUGGUCAGUGAAAAUUUCCAGUAUGGUAUUAUGUUUGAUGCUGGAAGCACUGGAACCAGGAUCCACAUCUUCAAAUUUCAGAUGGAACCAAAUGAAGCUCCAAAGUUAGCCCACGAGACAUUUAGAGCUAUAAAACCUGGACUGUCUGCAUAUGCUGAUGACCCAGAAAAGAGUAAAGAAGGGCUGUUGACACUGUUAAAGAUUGCUAAAGAGACAGUUCCUGAAACGUUGUGGAGUUCUUCCCCCCUCAUGCUCAGAGCCACAGCAGGGCUCAGACUGCUGCCUGGUGAGAAGGCCACCAUCCUGCUGGACAAGGUGAGGGAGGUGUUUAGCGAAUCCUUGUUCUUCUAUAGACCAGAGAGUGUGUCAAUCAUGGAUGGCACAGAUGAAGGCAUGUCAGCUUGGAUUACCAUAAACUUUUUAAUAGGUGCUCUUCAUGGUACUGAGACUCGUACAGUAGGCAUGAUGGAUUUAGGAGGAGGCUCAACCCAGAUCACCUUUGCACUACAGGAUGAAAAAACCAUCCAGACCUCACCUAUUGAUUAUGUGACAUCGUUUCAGAUGUUCAACAUCAGUCAUGCCCUCUACUCACACAGUUACCUUGGCCUGGGUUUGAUGUCAGCCAGACUUGCUGUGUUGGGAGGGAUUGAAGGACAGCCUUUACCAGGACCCCAAGAGCUGAUUAGUCCAUGUCUAGCCUCAGAUUACUCUGGACAGUGGGAGCAUGCUGAAGUAAUGUAUACUGUUAAAGGCCAAAAAGCAGGGGAGCCCAUCUAUGAGUCUUGCCUUAGAAAAGUGGAAAAGAUGAUCUACAAACGGGUGAGAAAAACAGAAGAAGUAAAAGACAUGGACUUCUAUGCAUUCUCCUACUAUUACGACAGGGCUGUGGAUCUGAGCCUCAUUGAUGAAAUCACAGGGGGAACUGUCAGAGUCCGUGAUUACAUUGAAGGUGCCAAAAAAGUGUGCAAUAACAUGACAGCCGGAGGGAUAAAGGAGACCCCAUUCCUGUGUUUAGAUCUGACCUACAUCUCAGUACUUCUUCAGGAGCUUGACUUCCCGCCUGAUAAAGAGCUGAAGCUGGCAAGACAAAUAAAUAACGUGGAGACUAGCUGGGCCCUUGGUGCCACUUUCCAGUGCAUAGAGUCACUCCGUAAGCACGGAACGUGCUGAAAACACAGACACUCGCAACGUUUGUACCGCUCCACAACCCAGUAAAGCACUGACUGUUUUUUUUGCUCUGGGAAAAAUAUCUACAUUGAUUGUAUUUGCCAUUUUGUCAUUAAUCUUUAUCGAAAAAUGUGAGUUUUUAAACAUACCUCUGACUUUCUGAAUGUUUUCUUACUAGGAUGUUUAGCUACAUGUAAAGGUAAAAUAUAUGUACUGGUCUGGGUGUUUACAGCAUGUCAGAAUCGUAUUAGUCAGGGUUAACUUCAUAAAACUGAUAAACACUUGAUUGCCUCUAGCUCUAAGCUCAAGUUAUUUCAUUUAUAUUUUAUAUUAAAUUAUUUUGUAGCUUGUAGAUCAGUUUAAUAUAUUGCAUAUGUUUAAACAAAUCAUUUACUUAUUAAACAUCUACUCUCAGAGACAAGAAAAAUCCUCAUGUUGGUAAGAACAGACCCGAGUUGUCAAUGUCAUGCAAAUGUACUUUUCUUAAAUGCAGUUAUAAAUUUGCUGUUUGAUGUGGCUGUAUUCUUUUGUAUUAUUAAGUGUAUGAAAUAUGUUUAUAUGAAAUGCCAUUUAAAUAUAAGCUAAGAAUAUUGGAAA